GAGAGAGAGAGAGAGGGAUCGAGGCAAGUCGCAAACAACCAUGGCUAACUUCGCGACGCUGGAUAGCCUGAAGAAAGGCGACGAGGAGGAGAAGAAAGGAAACGCAUACUACGCCGGUGGGGCGAGGGGCGCGGGCCGGGGCGGAAGCGGGCUAAACGUGAUGGGCCCUCCGCCCGAUGGCGAGGGGGGGGGAGAGAGAGGAAACGGCGACCCCCACGUUCAAGAGAUAUUCCGCCGCGCCGAGACCGGCGGCCCGCCCGGCGAGGAUGGAGGCAACGAGCAGACGAUCACGAUAACCAUGUACAACGGAGGCUUCACCGUAGACGACGGCCCCUUCCGGCGAUUAGACGACCCGGCGAACAAGGACUUCUUGAAGGACCUCGCCUCGGGGCUGGUGCCGAAGGAGCUUGAAGCCGGGGCCACCCCGGGUAAGGGUACGGACGUGAAGCUGGUCGACAAGCAGAACGAAGAGUACGUCGCACCGCCUUACGUGGCGUUCGGAGGAGAUGGCCAGACCAUGGGGGCGCCAACGGUGGCGGAGGGUGCCGUGAUGACCGCCACAGGAGCUCCCGACGCCUCGGAAACGCCGGAAGUCGACGCCUCGCAGCCCUCCACGACGCUGCAGAUCCGGCUCCACGACGGGAGGCGUGUCAGGGCGCAGCUCAACAUGCACCACACCGUGCGACACAUCCAGGCCAUCAUCGCCAGGGAAGGGGCUGGAGGGGGCUCGUACAUGCUCAUGGCGGGGUCCCCCCCCGCCCCCCUCUCGGACUCGUCGCAGACGCUGGAACAGGCCGGGUUGAAGGGGGCCUCCAUCACCCAAAAGCUAGCAUGAAGCGACAGAGCAUCGUGUUGCCUUGUGCAGCAGGCUGCGCUUAGUUGAGGAAGCUUGCUCGAGCCGGGUCGUGGCCUCCUCCCCAACUCAAGGCCCAAAGGCAUGGACGAACGCAUGGCCAACCCACAAGUUCGCGAGUAAGCGCCCGAGAGACGGGUUGGGAACAUUCGAUUGGCGGCUUCGUCCGCCGUGCUUCUACGAGCUGCUGUAGAUUCACGCCGGUUUUUUGGGGUCGGGGGUUGGCCAUGAUGCCCGCAAUCGAGCGGCUUUCCCUCUCCCUCUCCCUCCCGCGAUCGUGGUUUGGUUUCGAUUCAGUAUGUCAUGUAUAUGCGCGCACCAGCUGUUUUCCUGUUUUUUGUUUUGUCAUGAAAUGGCCUUUUCCUUCUCGGCGCGAUCUUGCGUGCAUGCUAGACGUCUAGGGGUCGGACUCGUGUGCUGUCGGCAGUUUCCUUUGGCGGAAACGACUACGGUAGCUGUAUUGAUUCUUGAUAGUGCUUGUUUUGUGUUUGUCCAUAUGCAGACAAAAAAAUAAUGAGUUGAUCGAUCUUGGGAGUCUUCCUCAUCAGCAACACACGUGUCUUUGACAGACGGAUUUCGGCUCGAAAGCAAAGCUUUCUUCGUUUGUUCUUGCUCUCUCCCUCUCUCUCUGCCGAACGCUACGGAAGGCUGGCUGGCUUGGGAAGGCUGGCUCGGAAAGUGCGGCGUUUCACAAGAAAGUACUAUGCACCAUUUUCCGUUUGCUGCCGUUUCGUGCUUGGAGACAUUUUCACCCACCAGGCGCCAAUAACCCCCAAGUUUUUUAAGGUCAUCGUCGACGUAUGCUACCACACAUAUAUGUGGUCUAAAUAGUUCGACCCCCCACUUUUCAACUGGCUGUCGGUGGUACAUGCCGCGGGGGAGGUGCCCUGGAUGCUGUUGUGCUGCUCACCCACGCUAGCUCCGUCUGCGCUUCUUUUCGCGAUAUUGGUGGCGGUGAUGAUGCCACUGCUGCCACUGAUUGGGCAUUGCUACUGAUAAAUGGGUUGCACGCACCAGGAGAAAUCAUGCCAUACAAACAUCGUGCUGAAUGCUUUGCUUUUGUUUUUCGUUUCGUGCAUGGCCAAAACACGAUAGUAUUGCGUUUGGUUCCUUGGUGACAAAAGCGUGCCCAAGUAGCAACAACAGUGGGAACCCCGGGCGGGGAUAGGUCGUGGUGUCCCCUAGCUGGAUGAGAGAGAUUGUUCGGCCGAGUUGGCGCUAUUUCCCGAGAUGUUGUGGUAGUACAGCCUCCUCUACACAACGAACAACCGCCAAACCCUAACCUUAAGCCGGUCGCCCCGGUGGUCUGUUGGUAGCCUCACCACCUUCUAGAGGUCAGGUCAGGGGUUCGAAUCCCGGCGUAAGCGAGCUUUUCUUGCAAAGUGAGUUUUUCUCUCGCUUCCGCCCCUGGCCUAGUGGAUAGCGCUAAUUCGUGCGUACACAGAGGGAAGAGAGUGCUGAACUCUUCUCGCAUUGAAAAUCGAAGGCAGAGUACCGCAGGAGGGGAGGGUAUAGAGGGGCUCUUCUGUGUGACC